UUUAGUUAGACAGUUGACUUUAGGCUCUACUAUGAUUCGUCUUUUGGUCCUAAUGAUUGCUUUUGCUGUGACGACUAGGGCACUUGGCUCUAUCGAUCAAUUAAUGCGAACCAUUUCCGAUGGAUUUGGAGGAGCUGCUAGAUCGGAUGUUCCCAUCGCUAUCAACAGAAGGUUUACCGCAGUCCCACCUAAUGCCGAGUUUUCUUUUGGAUAUGGCUAUCGUCAUGUAUACUUCUGAUUGGGUCUACGCCGUUAUUUUUUGUUUGCACUGU